GCUGGCUGACCUUGCUGUAUAUAAAGUAGGCAGGCACAAGCCACAAAGCCAUUCAAGGACAGCAGAGGCUUCUGAUAGCAAGCGACCCGUAGGAAAAGCUGCAACUAUCUAACCUUGUGGACUCUCUGGAUUUUGCAAACCCAUCAUCAGUAUGGCUGUCUUCUUCACCGUGGCUCUCCUGGCUAUGGCAUGUCCUUUAUCUGCAUUUGACAUGGGGCAGUCCACCCGUUGCGUCGCUAUCCCCAACCAGAUGAAGGUCUGCAAAGACGUUGGAUACUCUGAGAUGCGACUCCCCAACUUUUUGGGUCACAGCAACCUGGAAGGCGAGGUUGUACCACGUUCAGAGGACUGGAGGCCCCUGUUGCAGACAGGCUGCCACCCUCAAGCCCAGGCCUUCCUCUGCUCUCUUAUUGCCCCCGUCUGUCUUGACACUUUUAUCCAGCCAUGCCGUAGCCUGUGUGUGGCAGUGAGGGACAGCUGUGCCCCGGUGCUCGCCUGCCAGGGUCACCCAUGGCCCGAGGCACUUGAUUGUGAUCGCUUUCCAUCAGAAGAAGACAUGUGCCUUUCUCCGCACGCAAAAUUCAGCCACUUUGCCAAAGACUUGCCCAAACCUGCCUGCCAAAACUGUCCCUCUGUUGAAGAAGCUCCUGCAAUGAAAACAGUCCUCGAUGCUUUUUGCCAGCAUGAUUUUGCUGUGACUGCCAAACUUCAUCGUCGUCGCAUAUCCACGGGAGAGCCAGAAUUUGAGGUCGAGGGCAGGGUUGAGUUUAUCCGCCAGGGACCUCUGCUGCCUUAUGACACCCAGCACCUACUCCAGCAGUGGCUGCUGAUCAACAGUCGAUGUGCCAGUGUCCUCGUGCGUCCUGGAAGGUCACAGCUUUAUGUGCUGACCGGUUCUGUGCAGUUCGAUGGCACCCUUGCUCUCACCCGUCUCUUCCCAUGGCACAAAAAAGAUGCAAACAUCGCGGUGGCCGCUCGCAAGUGGAAGCACCACAGAUGUUAAAUGGACUCAUGUAUCUGUGUUUAUGAUUCCACAUCUAAAACACAGGAUUUAAGAGAAAAUAAGGGAGACAUUUUGAGAUUUUGGAGAGUUUCUUGGCAUUGGGUGAGCAGUAAGCUAAAUGGAAAUGUAUAUGAGGGGAGCUGGACUCCUUCGCCUCCCUCAGCAGCUCACUACCUCAUCCCUGCUCUGACAGCACACAGUAAUGGAAUGCACUAAGACUUGUACAUAAUAUUAAUAAAUGUAAAUUGAUUGUAUAUUAUAUUUUCUAUAAGGAUAGUGGUGUAUUUAUGACAUCUUUUUUUAUGUGCAUUUUAUAUGGAAAAGGAUGACAA